GGGAGGCGGUGGCGGGAGGCCGGGCCCGGGCGGCAGGCUGGUGGUGGCGGCGGAGCAGCGGGAGCCCGGCGGGAGGCCGGGGGAACGGCCGCCGCCAUGAAGAAGCAGUUCAACCGGAUGAAGCAGCUGGCCAACCAGACCGUCGGCAGGGCUGAGAAAACAGAGGUGCUCAGUGAGGACCUGCUGCAGAUCGAGAGGCGUCUGGACACUGUGAGAUCUGUUUGCCACAUUGCACAGAAGAGAUUAAUUGCAUGUUUGCAGGGCCAGCAUGGUACAGACCCUGAGAAGAGACAUAAAAAACUUCCUCUAACAGCUCUUGCUCAGAACAUGCAAGAAGGAUCUGUCCAGCUCAGUGAUGAAACUCUGCUGGGGAAAAUGCUGGAUACUUGUGGUGAUGCAGAGAACAAACUGGCCAUGGAGCUCUCUCAGCAUGAAGUACAGAUUGAGAGGGAAGUUUUAGAUCCACUCUGUCAACUAACAGAGACAGAGAUCCCUAACAUUCAGAAGCAGAGGAAGCAGCUGGCAAAGCUGGUGUUGGACUGGGAUUCUGCAAGAGGAAGGUAUAACCAAGCCCACAAGACUUCAGGAACAAAUUUUCAAGUGCAUCCUUCAAAAAUAGAAUCUCUUAAGGAAGAGAUGGAUGAAGCUGGAAAUAAAGUAGAGCAGUGCAAGGACCAGCUGGCAGCAGACAUGUACAGCUUUGUGUCCAAAGAAGGGGACUACGCCAGGUGUUUCGUCAUGUUAUUAGAAGCACAAGCAGAUUACCAUAGAAAAGCAUUAGCAGUCAUAGAAAAGGUCCUCCCCGAAAUCCAAGCCCAUCAAGACAAAUGGACUGAAAAGCCAGCUUUUGGGACUCCACUGGAAGAGCAUCUCAAGCGCAGCGGGCGUGAGAUUGCGGUUCCCAUUGAAGCCUGUGUGAUGAUGCUUUUGGAAACAGGGAUGAGAGAGGAGGGCUUGUUCAGAAUUGCUGCUGGAGCCUCCAAGUUAAAAAAGCUGAAAGCUGCCUUGGACUGUUCCACUUCCCAGCUGGAUGAAUUUUACUCUGAUCCCCACGCUGUUGCAGGUGCCUUGAAAUCCUAUUUGCGAGAGCUGCCAGAACCUUUGAUGACCUACAGCCUGUAUGAGGAAUGGACACAGGCUGCAAAUAUUCAGGACCAGGAUAAGAAGCUACAAGAGCUGUGGAGAAUUUGUAACAGAUUACCUAAGCAUUAUCAUGCUAACUUCAGGUAUCUAAUCAAAUUCCUGGCAAAGCUUGCCCAGAACAGCGACGUUAACAAAAUGACACCCAGCAACGUCGCCAUCGUCUUGGGCCCCAACUUGUUGUGGGCAAAGAAUGAAGGGUCCCUUGCUGAAAUGGCAGCAGCAACUUCAGUCCAUGUGGUAGCAGUUAUUGAGCCAAUCAUUCAGCAUGCAGACUGGUUCUUCCCUGGAGAUCAGGAUUUCAAUGUGUCUGGGGCAUUUGUUGCAAUUCCUGCUGUCAAUUCUAACCACUUGUCACACACUGGGAGCGAGUUCGAGUCUGGGACACUGGAACGGAAGAGACCCGUGAGCAUGACUGUGAUGGAAGGGGACCUGCUGAAGAAGGACAGCUUUGGUGUGAAGGUUCUGGACUUCCAGGGGAACCCGAGGAGAUGUGGCACUAUAAAUAGAAAGCACACAUCCCCGGCCUUCCAGCCGCCACUGCCCCCCACCGAGGCUGCCGCGCCGCCCCAGCCCGCGGCCGAGCAGCACGCGGCGCCGGCUGGGGCUGACACAAGCCCAGUGGGUGCCGGGGUGGCUCUCUCUGCUGCCACAGCAGAGCAGUUACAGAGUCAAGGAAAUGAGGACAUCAGCACCUCGAAGCCCAAGGACAGCACAUCUGCAGCUACUCCGCCGCCCGUGAGGAACGGCGGCCACGUGGGCACCGUCCAGAGCCAGGCCACGGGCAGCACGAACCAGCUGUCGGUUAACCAGCCCCAGAAUGCAGCAGGGCCCAGUCCCCACUCCAUGAGGAGAGGUCUGGCCAUGAAGAAACCUGCACCAGCCCCUCCCAAGCCAGCCAACCCCCCACCAGGGCAGCCAGGAAGCCAAAGUUCUGCCCCAGCUGCUCAGCCACCCUCUGUCUCUCCAAAACCACCUGCUAGAAGUUCUUCUCCUCCUGCUCAGCAUCCAAACCAGGGAGCAGCCCAGACCUCCUCUUCCCAGGUUUCUGCACCUCGGAGAUACUCCAGCAGCCUUUCCCCAAUACAAGCUCCCAGCCACCCACCACCACAGCCCCCAACACAGGCUACUCCUCCACUGCAGCCCAAAGCAGGCAGUCAGACCUCUCCUGCUGCUGCAGCCAGCAGCGAGCACGGACCAGAGCAGCCCUGUUACACUCCUCCUCAGACUCCAACACCACCUGAUACACCCCCUCUAGGAAAACACCCCACCAGCUCCCCAGCACCACAGCCAGCUGCUCAAGAAAGCUCCCAGUCUCACUCCCCACCUCAGACUGGUACCCUGCCACGGCCACGGCCGGUACCAAAGCCCAGAAACAGACCCAGUGUUCCUCCUCCUCCUCAUCCUCCUCCCUCUCAGCUGGCUGGAGAUGCUGUUAGUGCAAACCCCACGCCAACAGCUUCCAAAAUAGUAACAGACUCUAAUUCCAGUAUUCAAGAACCACUUCCAAACCCUUCUUCAGAGCUUCCUGCAGAGACAGCGAGCAAAGAGCUGCACAACCACCUCACACUCGACCUGGACAAUGACACGGAAAGCACUGCUCUGUAGUGGAAACUCUCCAACCUGGGACAGGUUCCUCUCCUGGUGGGAAAACCAACAGACCUAACAGUGAAAAGCUUCUUUUGAUGAUCUGGCAGAAGGGUGGAGAAGUUGGGACCUGUGCCUCACGGGCAGAGCGAUGGAAGCCGUUCAGAAGAAGCUGAAUGAUCUGUGUCUCAACAAUGGUUUUCAAAGCCUUGGCUGGAAGGAAUCAGUCACUGCAGAACCUUGCAUAGGAAGUGUAAUUGCUGCUGCUGCUGCUGCUACAGCUGGUGUGAGCAGGAGUCCCUACAGGAUAAGGAGCAGACCAUAGCUGUUUAAAGUGCAUGUAUCAUGGAGAUAUCCUUUGUAAUGGCACGGUUAGACCUUUUCUGUCUAGUUCUUAGAGGUUACAAGGAGGUGCCCUGCAAGAGACAUUCCCUCACUGAUUUGCUGCAGAUUUCCUUUGAGAACCAAAAAGAAACAAAUGCCUGAGUGCUGGUGUGGUGACUGCUGGUUCUCAGUCACCCUGCUGAAACUGUGGAUGGAUCUAGUGCCUUGAAGGACUGUCAGCUGUAGAAGGAACCCUACUGUAUCUUUAAUCAUUUCAGUGCUACUUAACCAUCAGUACCCAACACUUAUUUGUAUUAACCAAGCCUGCUUUUCUUUAUGUGAAACUUGCAGCUGUUUCAGGAUGAAGCUUGUGGGAGU